GAACUAUGAACCUGGGGAAUAACAACCUCAAAAUUCCAAACGUGGUACCUAAUAGGGAAAGCUAACUCCAACUUGGUGUUUUAAGGCUCUGUUGAGGUGCAUAAAGAACAGCUGAGGCAAAACUGCCGCUCUUAUUACUGGCUAACAUGAAAUGGAAGCCAGCGAUUGGCUAGGAAGACUUCCUUCUGCGCACCACCAAGGCUCACAACUAAAAUCGCUUUGAGUAGACUCCUCCUCCUUGACGCUGACACGGCUGUAAAUUAACCAAUAAAAACGGAGUACUGUAAGAACCUUCAUUUGCAUACAAGCUCUAUAAGUACCGCAUAACGAGCCGUGCUGCCACAGUCCGUAGUUGCCUCGUCCAUCUUACGACGCAUUUUGAACGCGGAAGAAAAUGCCGGAUCCAGCCAAGUCUGCUCCUGCUCCCAAGAAGGGCUCGAAGAAAGCUGUUACGAAAGUGCAGAAAAAAGAUGGCAAGAAGCGCAAGCGCAGCCGCAAGGAGAGCUAUUCUGUCUACGUGUACAAGGUGCUGAAGCAAGUCCACCCUGACACCGGCAUCUCCUCUAAGGCCAUGGGAAUCAUGAAUUCCUUCGUGAACGACAUCUUCGAGCGCAUCGCAGGUGAGGCUUCCCGUCUGGCGCAUUACAACAAGCGCUCGACCAUCACUUCCCGGGAGAUCCAGACGGCCGUGCGUCUGCUGCUGCCCGGGGAAUUGGCUAAACACGCUGUGUCAGAGGGCACCAAGGCCGUCACCAAGUACACCAGUUCCAAGUGAAGUGCCGCAGAGACGCGAUUGAUCGGCUUUAACCAAAAGGCUCUUUUCAGAGCCACUUUAGUUCUCGAAGAAAGGGCUGUAAUCACUAAGGGUCUGUGGCCUAGCAG